AUGUCAGGGAAAGUAAAAAAAAAAAAGCAAGCCACAGAGCCAAGCUUUGUAAAGCAACUUAGACUUGAAAAUAGAAGAAAACGAGACAGUUGUAAGAAAGCUGUAGAAACUGAGUCUGAGCAGCAAAAUAGACUUGAAAAUUAUCGCAACUACCAGAUAUUAAAAAAAAUGGCAGAGAGUGAAAGUGAGAGACAAACACGAUUAAAAAUUGAUUGUGAGUAUAGAAGAAAAAAACGAGCAAAUGAAACUGGUGUUCAGCAGCAAGCCAAGAAAAGCAGAACUUCACAAGAAUUGGAAACAAAUGUUGAUACCAAUUCUCGUCCGAGCUGUUCAAUCAAUGACAGUGAGACUAAAAAUCAAGAUAAUUAUAUUUGA